AUGAGUUCUGGAGAGUGCCAAACAACCAAUAAAGGCGACUACGAUGAUGAAGACAAAGAGGACGCUCCACCCCCUCUUGAUGAGGGCGAUAUUGCUCUUUUGAAAUCUUACGGUCUUGGGCCAUACAGUAGUCUUAUCAAAACUUUGGAGGAAGAAAUCAAAACAAAUCAACAAACUGUCAAGGACUUGAUUGGAAUCAAAGAAUCAGACACGGGAUUAUCGCCUCCUUCCAUGUGGGAUUUGGUCGGAGAUAAGCAAAUGAUGUCAGAGGAAGCCCCCCUGCAAGUUGCCAGAUGCACAAAAAUUAUUACUGAGGAUGCGGAGAACAACUCAUCGUCUGCGGGAGGUGGUGUGCCUUCCAUGAACCCCAGUGUCAGUGGAAACAAAUAUGUCAUCAACGUGAAGCAAAUUGCCAAGUUUGUGGUUGGAUUGGGCGAAAAGGUUGCACCAACUGAUAUUGAAGAGGGAAUGAGAGUAGGAGUCGAUCGAACCAAGUACUCCAUUCAAAUUCCUUUGCCACCAAAGAUUGACCCUACUGUUAGUUUGAUGACUGUUGAGGACAAGCCUGAUGUCACUUAUGAUGAUGUUGGAGGAUCUAAAGACGCACUGGAGAAGCUCAGAGAAGUAGUGGAGACGCCUCUUCUUCACCCAGAACGUUUCGUUACUUUGGGAAUUGAUCCACCAAAGGGUAUUCUUCUGUAUGGACCCCCAGGAACAGGAAAGACACUUACGGCCCGUGCUGUAGCAAAUAGAACUGAUGCUUGCUUCAUCCGUGUGAUUGGGUCAGAAUUGGUUCAAAAGUAUGUCGGAGAAGGGGCUAGAAUGGUUCGAGAGCUGUUCACAAUGGCACGGUCCAAGAGAGCCUGUAUUGUAUUUUUCGAUGAGGUCGAUGCCAUUGGAGGAGCCCGUACAGGAUCAGACGAGAAUGGAAGCGACAAUGAAGUUCAAAGAACGAUGUUGCAAAUCGUUACCGAAUUGGAUGGUUUCGAUGCUCGUGGUAAUAUCAAGGUUCUGAUGGCAACAAACAGACCUGAUACAUUGGAUCCUGCGCUCUUGCGUCCAGGUCGAUUGGAUCGUAAGGUCGAAUUCGGAUUGCCAGAUCUUGAAGGACGUGGUCACAUUUUGAAGAUUCACUCCAAGCGAAUGAAUUGCGAUCGGGAUAUUCGAUUCGAGCUGAUUGCUCGACUUUGCCCAAACACAACAGGAGCUGAGCUGCACUCUGUAUGCACAGAAGCCGGAAUGUUUGCCAUUCGCGCCCGCCGAAAGAGCGUGAGUGAGAAGGACUUUUUGGAUUCCGUCAACAAGGUGAUCAAGGGAUACAAGAAAUUCAGCUCUACCCCGAAAUACAUGGUGUACAAUUAA